AUAAAAGGCUGCAGUCGAGCAAACAUCGAGUGCAGUUCGAUUUUGUUUGUCAAGUCGAGAAUUAAACCUUUCAUCAUCAUGCUGAAGCUGGUAUUGCUCUUGUUGGCCGCCUUCCUGGCCGUUGCCGUGGCUCUUCCCGCUCCGGGCCCCAACCCCAAUCCCGCCCCGGUGCCCCAGUUCGUCUACUCCGCCGGCUAUCCGGCCGUGGGCUACGCCUCUCCGUACGUCUACUACGGCUGAUUAUGCACACCCGGAUUCACUGAAUAAAGCUUUUCGAUAUUUGCACAAU